AGAAUAUGCUGAUGAAUUUAGCAGAAAAUGAACGUUAGUGAGUGAACGAAGUCGCUGAAGUUGAGGAGCACGUGAUCACACAAGUUAGAUUUAUUUGACCGUUGUCUGUCUAGUGACUACUGCAGCAGCACCGAAAGCUACCAGACACCAAGUCAUAGCCUUACUGGACAGGAUGCGUGUGGCCAUCAUUGGACAAUCAACUUUUGCUGGAGAAGUGUACAAGCAAUUAGUGAAGGAUGGUCAUAAAAUUGUUGGGGUAUUUACCGUUCCUGACCAAGGCAGCCGAGAAGAUCCCCUUGCAACAGUGGCAGCUUCAGAUGGUGUGGAUGUGUUCAAGAUCAAAUCAUGGAGGAAGAAAGGGGUAGCCCUGCCAGAUGUUUUGGAACAGUAUAUGUCUAUUGAACCAGAACUGAAUGUCAUGCCAUUCUGCACCCAGUUCAUUCCCAUGGAGGUGAUCAACCAUCCUAAGAACAAAUCUAUUUGCUAUCACCCAUCUAUCCUUCCUCGUCAUCGUGGUGCCUCUUCUAUAAAUUGGACUCUGAUGUGUGGGGAUAAGAAAGCUGGCUUUUCCAUCUUCUGGGCUGAUGAUGGACUGGACACAGGUCCCAUCCUCUUGCAGCGUGAAGUGGAUGUAGAUCCCAAUGACACCGUAGACUCUCUAUACAACAGGUUUAUGUAUCCAGAGGGUAUCAAGGCAAUGGCAGAAGCUGUGAAACUAGUGUCUGAUGGAAAGGCCCCCAAAAUUACCCAACCUGCAGAAGGUGCCACCUAUGAUCCAAUGCUAAACAAGAAGGAACUGUGUAAGAUAAACUGGGAUCAAUCUGCUGAGGACAUCCACAACUUUAUUCGAGGUCUUGACUCCUCCCCAGGAGCUUGGACAGUUAUGGAUGGGAAAGAGGUAAAACUGUUUGGAUCCAAAAUGUUUAGUGGAAGCAGUGCAGAGGGACAAGAAGUGCAACUGGAAGGUUUGACCACACCAGGUGUCAUUCAUAAGGAUGGCCUCCUCCUCACAGGCAAGGAUGGAAAGAAGUUGAAUGUUGCAAGAAUCAGUGUUGAUGGGAAGAUGAUGAAUGCUUCAAAGUAUGGUGCUGCUGCAGAGACCUCUGAGACUGUGGAACUGACAGCACAAGAACAAGAAGUUGCAGAGAAAAUGAGGGAGACCUGGAAGGCCAUUCUUAACAUGGAUGUGGCUGAUGACUUAGACUUUUUCAAAGCUGGAGCAGGAUCUAUGGAUGUUGUAAGGCUGGUGGAAGAGACAAAAGAAAAGGCUGGUGUAUCACUUGAAAAUGAGGAUGUGUACAUGGCCACUACCUUCAAGGAGUUUGUUCAGGUUAUGGUCUUAAAAAUGCGAGGUGGGGAUACCAAGCCUGUAUUUGAAUAUGAUGCUAUCAAGAUGCAUGUCAACAACAUGGACAUAGAGUUUCCGAAUCAGCUUUUCAUUGAUGGACAGUUUGUUGAUGCAACAAGUGGAAAGUUCCUAAAGAGCAUCAAUCCAGCCACUGAGGAGUUGAUUUGUGAUGUACACGCUGCUGGGAAGGAGGAUGUGGACAGAGCAGUAGCAGCAGCCAAGAAAGCAUUUUAUGAGGGUCCAUGGGGAACAAUGAAUGCCAGGGACAGGGGCACCCUUAUUUUCAGGCUGGCAGAUCUAAUGGAGCAGCACAAGGAGGAACUGGCUACUAUUGAGACAAUUGACUCUGGUGCUGUCUACACCCUUGCCCUCAAGACACAUGUGGGAAUGAGUAUUGAUACUUGGCGCUACUUUGCUGGUUGGUGUGACAAGAUUGAGGGCAGCACCAUCCCUAUCAACAAUGCACGGCCCAACCACAACCUGACCAUCACAAAAAAGGAGCCUAUUGGUGUGUGUGGCCUGGUGACCCCAUGGAAUUAUCCUCUAAUGAUGUUGAGCUGGAAGAUGGCUGCUUGUCUUGCUGCUGGUAAUACUGUGGUAAUUAAACCAGCCCAGGUGUCCCCACUUACUGCUCUCAAGUUUGCUGAGCUUUCUGUGAGAGCAGGCAUUCCUCCUGGUGUGAUCAGUGUUCUUCCAGGAACAGGUAGUGUGUGUGGGCAGGCCAUUGCUGACCAUAAAGAUGUACGAAAGCUGGGAUUCACAGGUAGUACAGAAAUUGGCCAAGUGAUUAUGAAAUCAUGUGCAGUGAGCAACUUGAAGAAGGUUUCACUGGAGCUUGGAGGAAAAUCUCCCUUUAUCAUCUUUGCUGACUGUGACCUUGAUAAAGCUGUGAGAAUGGGAAUGAGCAGUGUCUUCUUCAACAAGGGUGAAAACUGCAUUGCUGCUGGGCGUCUGUUUGUGGAGGAGGCCAUCCAUGAUGAGUUUGUGAAGAGAGUUGUGGAGGAGUGCAAGAAAAUGGUCAUUGGAGAUCCACUCAACCGUGGAACAGCACAUGGACCCCAGAACCACAAGGCACACUUUGACAAGCUUCUUGAAUACAUUGACAUUGGAUUGAAGGAGGGUGCCACUCUGAUGUAUGGGGGGAAGAGGGUUGACCGGCCUGGGUACUUCUUGCAUCCCACAGUUUUUACAAAUGUAGAAGACCACAUGUUCAUUGCUAAAGAAGAGAGCUUUGGUCCAAUCAUGGUCAUCUCCAAGUUUGGCAAUGGGCAAGUGGAGGAGGUUGUUGCUCGUGCCAACAAUACUGAGUAUGGUUUAGCAUCAGGUGUUAUGACCAAGGAUAUAAGUAAAGCCUUGCUGGUAUCUGAGAAGUUAGAUGCAGGAACGUGCUUCGUCAACACCUAUAAUAAGACUGAUGUGGCAGCACCUUUUGGAGGCUUCAAACAGAGUGGCUUUGGUAAGGAUUUGGGACGAGAAGCUCUUCAUGAAUAUCUCAAAACAAAGACCAUAACUUUUGAGUACUAAUCUUGGGUGGUUUAAAAUGAAGGUACUGUGUAUUUGAAAGAAUGUCUUAAGUGUUAUGAAUCAAAGAUUUGUUAGAUAUGAACAGGACAUAAGUAGAGGAAUUGUGAGCUUACCAGGAUAUGCAGAUAUUCCAUGAGUCAUAUUUUGAAGGUUAAUCAAUGUGUCAAUUUCUAAAUUUCAUUAAUUACAUAACAAAUAUUCCCAAAUAUUAAAAACAACAUAAUGUAUUAUUCAAUGUGAAUAAUGAAGUAUGAACUGAUUGAGACUAUGAAAUUCAUUAUUUUACUUUAAUCACUAUAAAUGAAAUGCAUACAGCAAAUGGUUAACAUAUUAAAGAUUGUCAUUGCCAAAUGGGAACAAUACAUAUAUUGCCAAAAUAAUCAUCUACCCUCUUCCUGAAGAGUGUGCAACAAAUUUUAGCUCAAUAUGUCAGACAAAAAAAAAAAAAAAAUAAAUAAAUAAAUAAAAUAAAAAAAAAAAUAGCAGGAAAGCUUGAUUUCUACAUUGUUGAUUCCAACUGUUUUCCAAAAUAAUUAUUUACCCUAUUCCUGAGGAGUGUACAACAAAUUUUAGCUCAGUAUGUCAGACAAUUAUGUAAAAAAACUUUUUUUUACUAUACAUAUAGCAGGCAAGCUUCAUUUGUACAUUUAUCCAGAUAUCUGUUGCUUGAAUAAUUGUGCAUUUAUUACCAGUAUCAAAAUAAGUAUUUUUGUUUGUGUCCUUUUUUAUCUCAUUGCUUUUACACUUUUGUUGAUACUGUUAUUUCAGUCUGCUUUACUUUUUAUUAGUUAAUAUUAUUUUUUUGGUUAUUAAAAUCCACUUUAAUGUGGAUAUUAAAGUGUGAACUGAUGUAAACUGUGUGUAGCAUUUUGGAACUUGCUCUACACAGUUAGCUACCGUGAAUAAAUUGUGCAAGUAAAUGAUUGUGAUAUUAUAAAUUAUUAUUCCAAAAUGGACAAAUGCAUAUAUUCAUUAGUUACUUCACACAAUCCUAUUUUGGUAGGCAUGAUUAAAAUGCUGUUAAAAUAAGUUGCAUUGCUUAAAGUAAUUGUUAGGAUGAUAAGGGGAAAAUUUAAAAUUUUGUAAUGUAUGAUGUAGAUGUAAUGAGAUCAAUGAAGUGGUGGCGACAGCAACAUGUCUGUAGAUCUUUCUUCUAAGUUAUGCAUUGCCAGUUAGUCAUGCAUUGUCAGUUAAUUUUAACAUGCCUAUACAGACAUACACGUAUUUUAAGGCUCUAUCAACAAUGCAAAAAAAAUGUUCUGUAUUAAUCUGUUUCUCAAUCCAUACCAACACAGUGUUGGUACAAUUUAUUUGGUUUGAGGGCAUUAUAAGGAGAUAAGUUUAUAACUACAAGUCUAGUUUUGUUAAAACAUAGUUCACUGUGUAAGAGCAAGUACAAUAAGCUGCUGUAGUGAGAUGCUAGUAGGAAGAAAAGUCAGGCCACUGAGAUUGGUUACAUAGUUUAUAAUUCUACAGACAUUUGCUUUUAAGUUUUGUCUUUCUUUUUCUUCAUUUUCUUUUGUUCUUUUCUUUUUUGUGGAUUGAAAUCACUGUGUAGAGAUUCCUUAAACUAUUUUCCUAUUGUCUUUUUCUAUUGAAAUUGUAAUAGAUGAUGAUCAUUGCUGCUAACUUUGUAAUAAAAACGUAACAUUUCUGAUUUACUUAGCUGAUUAAAGACAUUACAAUUAUUCAA